GUUAUAAAUUAAUUUGGUCUAAUGUAAAUAUAAAAUGUAAAUUUAGUUUAAAAAUCCUAGUUUAUUCAAAAUAAUUGAUAAAUAAAUGUAAUGGCAGACGAAGAAAGACUUCAACGAAUAAAAGCUGGUGCUUUUUUAGCAUCUAUAGCUGGGAUUUCUGCAUUUGUUGGUUUUAGUGCAACGUUAUCAGCUGCAAAAAAGGCGGAUCCAAAAUACUUUAACAAAGGCUUACACAGUAGUGUGGAAUUAGCAGAUGCUGGAGCAAUUUUAGCAUUGCGAGCUCUGGGGUGGGGUACAUUGUAUGCUGUUGCUGGUACAUCAUGCUUAUGUUAUGGCAUAUGGAAGCUAUCUGGAGCUAAGGAUCUUAAAGACUUUAGAAUAAAAGUAGGAAACAUGCUACCAGUUCUUCCUAAGAAUAACCCCCCACAGUCAAGAACUGAAUUUAGUGGCCUCAAUGAUCUUCUCACAUACAUAGCUGAAGAUUAUGGGAAGAAACCGGAGUAAGACAAUUAGAUAAGUAAUUAUUAUUUAUUUUGUUUGAAAAUAAACUUUAUUGACACAAA